ACACAUUGCAUUUUAUUUUGAAAGAAGAAAACGGAAAUUAAGUUGCUGCUCAACGAAGGUGCUUGACAGCUAACCCUAUUAGCUAACUAGCGGGAGCAAUACAAUUGGCUAACCACAAAAGGAUUUCACACCGCAAAAAAGAAGUAUAACAACUAAUAAUGCAGAAUCACUGCGCUGUGCCAAACUGUACAAGUGGCAAAUCCGACCCUCUCUUCAGGUUUCCGUUUGAUCCAGAAAGGUCCAAGAAGUGGGUUGAAAAAUGCCAGAGGCAAGAUCUCAUAGACAAAUCACCAGACCAGUUGUACAGAUACUACAGACUUUGUGGGAAACAUUUUGAAAAAUCUUCAGUUGAUAGUGACUCGAGUACAGUGCUAAAGGAUGAUGCCAUACCAACUGUCUUUGAUGUACCAAGCCAACCUCAAAAUGGGCAGGUGAAGCGCAGUAAACAGACGGUCAAACCAGAAGGAACAGACAAAGAGGAGAAAAAAAGAAUCAAAUUGUCUCCAGCAGAGACAGCUGAGAAAGACGUCCCAACUGUCCCGGAGGAAGAGGAAUACAAAGAGUAUCUUAAGUCAUUAUUUGAAGUUCUUGUACUGUUGGGGGGAAAGAGCAUUCCUCCAACAGGGCCUGGUGAUAAUGAGCAGGAUGACCUUGGGUCAAGCAACUUUCAGACAUUGUUAGAAUAUCGCAUGAACUGUGGAGAUGAAGUCCUUAAGAAGAGGUACGAUGUGAAUAAGGAGUGCUGCUCCUCCGCUCAGCUAAAUCAGUUGAUUGAUGUGUGUGAGAGAUACAUCCGCAGUAAGCUGAUGGAGGAAGUUCAACAAAAUGGCUACUUUUCCUUACUUACCGAUGACUUGGUGAGGAUCUCGGGAGAAUGGUACCUCCCCGUCUUUCUCCGUUAUGUAGACCAGUCUAACUGCCAGCGGGAGAGGUUCCUUGGAUGCUUGUCCUUUGAAGGAGAUGGAGAUGCCUUAGCAGAGAAACUUCUGUCUGAAAUGACUGACAAAUGGGGCUUGGAUAUGGAACAGUGUAGAGGUCAAGCCCACUCCUGCUCUGGGACACAUUUUAGUCAAAUGAAAAGAUUUGCUGCCAAACUGAUGGAGAGGUACCCAACGGCAGUGCCUACACUAAGAUCUACUCGUCCACUGAACCUGUCGCUGGCAAAUGGUAUGGCUGUGUCAGGGGUCCAGCUUGUUCUGUCUACCCUGAGGAAGAUCGAGGCAUUCUUCAGCCAGUCCACUCUACUGCAGUUGGAGUUGGAGCACGCCAUUGCGAUUUUCUACCCGGAUAAAGAAGAGAAGGCCAAGGAACUGAAGGAGAUCUGUAGAACAAGCUGGACCAGAGGAAAUGAUGCAUUCGAGGUGGCAGGGGAACUCCUGGAGGCCUUGUUGCUCUGUGUGGACAGCGUUCAUGACAACGAGGACAUGAGGUGGGACGAUCAAGUCACACACAACGCCUUGGAGAUUUCAAAAGCACUGGCUGAUUUUGAAUUUGUCAUGGCACUGGUCGUGCUGAAAAACGUUCUGACGCUCACACAAGCGUUUGGGAGGAACAUACGCGGGAGAGCGGCAGAUGUCCACUUUGCUGCAGCCAGUUUAAAAGCUGUAUCGCACUCCCUGAAGGAGGUGUCUGACAACAUUGAUGUGUAUCACGAGUUCUGGAACGACGAGGCCGUUAGCCUCGCUGCUGCGAUGGAGAUCCCAGUUAAGGUUCCUCGCUCAUUCUUGAGAAAGCACCAGUUGGAAUCUGGAGCCAUUCGGCCGGAGAUUUACUACAAGGAGCACCUGUCGGUUCCUGCUCUGAGAUGCCUGUCACUGGUCCCUGCUGUCAUAGAGCAGUACAAGUCCACUGAGCCCGACGAAGAGAAUGUGCAAGUGUUUAAAAACGACAUCCCUAACGCAGGAACCCUCUCCGCUGAGCUGCACUGUUGGUGGGUUAAAUGGAGCAAAAAGGGCAAAGGUGAGACGUUGCCGUCCACUCUUCAUGACACACUGCAGCUGGCCGAUGUGAAGUUCUUCCCAAACAUGCUUGCUGUUCUGAGACUGAUCGGCAUCCUGCCCACCUUAGCGCUGGAGGGCAGCUGUGAUGUAGCAUACAAGCGCUUCCAGGUGUACAUAGAGCACACACCGGAAAAAUUCAAAUCAAAAAGUCUCGCUCUUUUGUACAUUAAUAAUGAUAUUGAGUAUGAUCUGGAUUCGAUGGUUGAGUUCUACAUGAAGACAUACCCUGACAGGGAGGGGUUGUGA